GUAAUUGUGCUUAUCCGGUCUCUUUCCAGGCUCCCUGCGCCCAUUGCAACUAGAGUCUAGAACUAGAGUUAGCAAUUAGUAUUAACUCUUACUUUCACUCAACAACGUUUACCAGUAUUUAACCAGAGAGAUCAGAGAGUAGUAUCAGUGGUGGUGAAGGUGGUGCCAUGGAGAAGGGACGUAGUAGUACUCUUUCUACCCCACUCUUCUUCUUCCUCUUCUUCACUCUUUUUCUCUCCUAUUCCUCUCUUGUGGCUUCUCAAAAUCAUCAUAAUAUUACUGCUGUCUUUUCUUUUGGUGAUUCAACAUUAGACCCAGGCAACAAUGACAGAUUGGCCACUGUAAUGAGAAGUGAUCACCCACCAUACGGCCGUGACUUCGCCCGCGGCGUCGCUACCGGACGUUUCAGUAAUGGAAAGCUUGUUACAGACAUGAUUGUUACCAAUCUAGGUAUUAAGGAUUCUGUGCCAGCCUACCGUGAUCCCACCAUCACCAACCAUGACUUGCUCACUGGUGUUAGCUUUGCCUCUGCUGGUUCUGGUUUGGACGAUUUGACUGCCAAUGUAGGAAAUGUUAUCCACAUGUCAACUCAGUUAACCGAUUUCCAACAAUGCUUGAAUCGGAUCCAGUCUACAGUAGGGAAUGCUACUUCAACUGAGAUAAUCCAGAAGGCCAUAUUCUCAGUUGGUGCUGCAACUAAUGAUAUGUUGUUUAACUACUAUGAUUUACCCACAAGGAAGGCUCAGUAUUCGCUGCCGGGUUACCAUAAUUUCCUUCUCCGUAACCUUGAGAAUUUUGUUACGAGUCUUUAUAAAAUGGGAGCGAGAAAGAUUUCGAUAACGGGUCUUCCGCCGAUUGGUUGUUUGCCAAUUCAGUCAACUGUGGGUUCCAUCACACCAGGUCCCAACAUGUUUCAACAUAAGUGUGUAGAAGAACAGAACAGUGACUCCGUAGGCUAUAAUGCCAAUCUUCAAGGUUUAAUCACAAGGUUGGAGGCUUCACUCCCUGGUGCCAAAAUUGCUUAUGCAGACAUCUACAGUCCUUUGAUGGACAUGAUUGUCAACCCUAAGAAAUAUGGUUUUGAGCAAACCCUAAGAGGGUGUUGUGGGACAGGAUACAUAGAGAUGGCUGGUCUGUGCAACAGUAUGUCAAUACCAAUCUGUGAAGACUCUUCCAAGUUUAUUUUCUUUGAUGCAAUCCACCCAACAGAAGCUGCUUACCAGAAUCUUGCCAAUUCCAUUCAGAAAAGUGUGCUUCCUUAUCUAGUUAAUUAGGUUAAAAUUCUAGGCUAGUUUUCUUUCUUAGGCUGCUUUAGACAUAAUUUCAUUAGAAGAGUUGUGGUUUUGAAUGAUUUGGAGUUUGAUUAGAACAUUAUAUUGUAAUUUUUAGUUUCAGCAUAGUUAAUAAAUAUAAUUGCU